UGCCGUACAAUGAUCAAAAUAUGGCCCGUCGUGAAAAUUUGAAAACAAAAGAAUUAGGUACAAAAGUGAUCAGCUGAAUGUCAGCGUUUACGUUUCACAAUUCGAAGGUAAUUUAAGAACUUUAUAAAUUAAAAGUAAAUCGAUUGACAUGGUGAAUAAGUGCAGCGUGGUUGGUUGCAAAAGCUUGUAUACGAAGGACAAUGUCAAAGUUAGAUUACACAGGUUUCCUCUGUCAAAUCCAGAAACAUUACCCAUGUGGAUAGCUGCCACCGGUAGGGAAAAAGAUUGGAAACCUUGUAAAAGUAGUAGAUUGUGUGGCAAUCAUUUUGAAAAUUCAGAAUACAUAAUUGGCCAUGGAAAAAAUGUUUUGAAAACAACAUCUGUCCCAACAAUUGAAUACCGUGUAGAUGUUAUGAGAUACCAAAAAAAGAAGAUAUUAAAUCCAUGCAAUGAUGAGGAGCAAACAAAUAAAUCUUUAACAGAUAACCCUGUGGAUACUAGUGGUAAAAAUUUUGAGAUUGUCCAACUUUAUUAUGACAGUGUGAACAAUUCAAAGGAUGAACAUCAAAAUAAUCAUCUUCAUUCUUUGAACUUAGAGAAUAGUAAUGAUAACGGAGAUAAUGCUAGUCAUGACGAGACCGUAGAAAAUGAAUAUGAAGAUUAUAACYAUGAAUUAAAAAAUGAUAUUUGUAACAGAGAAAACCAAUGUUACAUGUUUACAAGCAGCUUCAAGGAAGGUGCUGAACCAAUAAUUUUAACACCCCCAGAUGAAAAACCACCUGAAGAAUCAUUAAAUAUGACUAUUGAUCAAACAACAGCUGAUUUAAAUUUUAAGAAAGUUAUGGCCUUAAAAUUAAAAAAACAACGGCGCACUAAAGAUAUUUAUUCAUUAUACUUCAAAACUUUGAAAAAAAAAAGGUUUCAAAAACAAGAAAAGUAUAAAAAAUCUAUAAACAAUGAUGAAGCAGACUCAUUUGCCAGGUUUAUAGCAGUUCAAAUGAGAGAUUUAUGUUCUCAUAGAAAGGUUUAUUUAAGUGCAAAACACAAAAUUCAAAAAAUUUUAAUGAAAGCACAGCUUAAAAUAGCAAAUUGAAUCUAAUAUAAUAAAGAUUAAAAUGUGACAUUAUGAUAAGUAGUUAUUGUUUAAUUUUGUAACA